AUGUUAUUUGAAAUCACAUUAAUGAAUUUUGAUGCAAGCGAUUUUACUGGAGCGGAUCCAUUUCUUGGUUCAUUUAGUUGUUCACUUUUUAUUAUUAUUGUUAUCUUUGUAUGUUUAAAUAUGUUUCUUUCAAUAAUUAAUGAUGGUUUUCAUCAUGUUGAACAAAAUCCAAUUGAAAAUCAACAAAUUUUAUCAUAUAUGUUACAGAAAUUUUUAAAUUGGGCACAUUUAAGAAGACUAAAUGUAGAAGAAAUCUUCCAGGACGAUGGUUCCUGA